CCUUGACCCCACCCCAAAAUCUCCCCCGGCUCCCCAUUCCCCCCUCUCCCACCCACCCACCCCCGGACCAGCAGCUCCGCAAGAUGUGAGCCCGGGAGAGGCGGAGGAAGGAAGGCGGCUGGGGGGGCUGCCUUGGCCCCUUCCGCACCCAGGCUGGGAAAGGCGGAGAGGAGCGGAGCGGCGAUGGAGGGAAGCGGCGCAGCCCGCCUCGGGGGUCGGCGUGGCGAUUGCUAGGGGACCGCCGGGCGCUGCGAAGACCGGGGUCGUCGGCGCGGACGCCUCCGGGGAUGGGUCGGAGCGAGAAGCCGGGAGGCGAAUUCUUCUGACUCCCGCCCCCUCCCCGCCCUUGCCCAGGAUUGCCCCGGGGCAGCCAUCCCUUCCCAAGCCCGCUCUGGACGCUGGGAGAUCUCCCUGACAGCCUCCGUUUUAUCACUCUCGACACUGCUGUGCAACCCAGCAACCCAGCGUUUGUGACUCCCUCCCUCCCAGGAGAAGUGCCCGGGGACCCCAGCCUCACCAUGCCCGAAGGCGCCUGCCGGGGCAGCACCAAGGAAAGAGGCAUCCCAGCAGCCCCCAGGCCCUCCUCUACCUCCUCGCUGGCUGGAAUCGGGACCAAGAUGGCGUCGGACCCCAUUCUGGGCAGCUGCACGUCGGUGAACACCGUCUGCUCGGACAGCGACCGCCCCGUCAGCCUCAGCUCCUCGGCCUCCUCCGCCUCUUUGCAGGAUGGCUCCAGCGCCUUCGGCAGCAGCAUCGGACUAGGGGGCUGCCCUCCUCCUUACUCCCAGCAAAACGGCAGUGACAUCAGCCUGGAUCUGACCCCCGUGACGCUGCUGGACCGGCUGGCGGACACCCCGGGAGACGGGCAGCAGUGCUGUGGCUGGGCGCCGGGUCCCGGCCGGGCCAAAGAACGCCGGAUCAAGCUGUCCCAUCUGGACCGGGUGGUGCUGGAGAUUGUGGAAACCGAACAGGCUUACGUCCGGGAUCUCAGGAGCAUCGUGGAGGAUUACCUGGGCUGCAUUAUCGACUGUGGACAGGUGUCUCUGAAACCGGAACAAGUCGGCGCUUUAUUUUGCAACAUCGAGGACAUUUACGAAUUCAACAGUGAGCUGCUGGAAGAUCUGGAGAGGAACACCAGUGGCCACGCAAUCGCAGACUGCUUUGUGCAAAGGAGCGAAGAAUUUGAUAUCUACACUUUGUACUGCAUGAACUACCCCAACUCUGUCUCGGUACUCCGGCAAUGCAUGGAGGACGAAUCCCUGGCGAAAUUCUUCCGGGAAAGGCAGGCCACUCUCUCGCACUCACUGCCACUGGAGACGUACCUUCUCAAGCCGGUCCAGCGGAUUCUGAAGUACCAUCUGCUGCUGCAGGAACUAGCCAAACAUUAUGACAAGAGCAGUCCUGGCUAUGACUCGGUGGAAGAGGCCAGCAUCACUAUGACGGCAGUAGCUUGGUACAUCAAUGACAUGAAGCGGAAACAGGAACACGCCAGUCGGCUGCAGGAGAUCCAGGGUUUGCUGGCUGGCUGGACUGGUCCGGAGCUGGGGGCCUUUGGGGAGCUGAUCCUGGAGGGUCAGUUCCGGGUGCCGCGAGCCCGCAAGGAGAGGGUCUUCUUCCUUCUUAGCAAAGUCCUGCUGAUCGCCAAGCGGCGCGGGGAGACCCUCGUCUACAAGAGCCACAUCUUUUGUUGCAACCUGGCGCUCCAGGAGAACACCAAGGACCCUCUGAGCUUCAAAAUCUCGGACCUCUCCAUUCCCAAACAGCAACACACCAUCCAGGUGAGGAACCAGGAAGAGAAGCGGCUUUGGAUUCAUUACCUGAAACGUUUGAUUGUGGAAAAUCACCCGGCCUCGAUUCCCCAGAAGGCCAAGCAAGUCCUCCUGGAAAACAGCUUCCAGGGCUCCCCAGACGGGAUCUUCAGCCCCGAGACCCCCAAGAAGCCCCUGCCUUCUCCUCCGCUGGAUGAGUCCAGGGCCGGCAUUCGUGGCCGGCGGCAAUCGGAGCCUCCGGAGUCUAUGUACAGCCCCGAGAGAAUCCGGCGGAGCUGCCCCAUUUUACAGCUGGAGAAAAGCGGCUCUUAUCGCCGGGGCCGCAGGCAGUCAGAGCCAGCCAAGGAAUCUCAGAUUAUAUUUCAUCCAGCAAACGGGGCCAGGUUAAAGCAUGCGGAUAGCGAGGGAGACCUCUUCCCCACCAGCGAACCCCUCCUCUCCUCCGGCAGCUCCUGCACGCUGGCCUCGGCCAAACCAGAGGAGGAAGCCGAACCCUCAGAUCUGGAAGUGGAGGAGGCCGAAUUCUCCCUGGCGCAAGACCCGCUCACCACCAACCUUUCCAUCACCGAGGAGAUCCUGGAGCUGCUUAGCCAGCGGGGCCUGAACAAGGACACUGGAAAGGAGGGGCCGUUUUGGAGAGAAAGUAGCUCCGAAGCCCCCAGCUUGGCUCUGCAGGAUCCGCGCUCGACCAAGGAUGGCAUAGAAGAACUGGAGGACAAAAUGGAAGAGGAGGAGGAGAACGGGGUCUUCCAGGAGGAGGCCCCCCCUCUCCCUCCCCAAGGGAGCCCUCUCCAAGAAAAGCUGCUCCCCACACUCCCCCACCCCUUCGGCAGCGACUCUUCCGAAGAAGAGGACCUCCACCGACCACAGGAAUCCUCCGGCCCCUCUCCUCUGCACGUCCUGGAAGAUCUCCCCUUGGAGGAGACCAGCAGCUCAGCCUCCAUAGGGCAGGAAGCUGCCCAGGAGGAAAGCCAGACUCCCAGAUCUUCGACCAGGCCUCACUCCUGCCCCAUAACCUCCACAGGUGCCUUCGGCAGCGAGGAGCAAAACACGGAGGCGGACCCCAACCUGACCAGGGCCGACUGGGUUCUGCUGGAGAAGACCCAGAGCUGCUGUCAAAGCAUGGAAAACGGCAAGAAGGGGCCGGAGGUUGCCAAGGAAGAGGGGGCCCCACCCGUUCCCGCCGGGGUGGUGCGAGAGUCCGUCCUGCGGUUCAACAGCAUCUCCAAGCAGCAGGAGGCUCUGGGAGAAGAAGAGGGAGGAACCCAGCUUAGAAGGCUCCGCCCUCAAUCCGGCCAGCUAAACCGGACCCGGAGUCAAUCCUGCAGCAGCCAACAUCUGUCUGUCCCCAAAACCACCACCGGGCGGAGUCGGGCGCUCACAACAAUCAAGCGGAACCAUUCAGAUGCGAGUUGCUUCCCUGCGCAGCCUGAGAGUCCCGAGGGGCAGCAGGCAGAGAAGGGGGACCCCUCUGAUGCUCCCCCAGAAGCUCCGGGGAGAGAAAAAAAGCAGCGGGAGCCGAGCAACGGAUCGGAGGAGGGUCCCGCCGAGCCCGGGUUCCGAUCCUGUGCGGAGAUCCGGCGGGUUUGGCAGGAAAAGGAACGGAGCGCUAAGGACACCCCCAAGAAGGGGGCACAGGGGGUCAGGCAGAGAGUCUUCUGCUCCCCCGAUCGGCCCAUGUACGCCGAGCCCCUCUGCAUCGUGGAGGAUUCGGACUUGGAGGACCCUCUCCGGGGUCCCAGCAAGGAACCGGAUGUCCCCCUGGGGCAGCCGAGGGACGGGUGGGCGAAGGAGGGGCUCCCUGCCUCUGCGGACUUCCUGCCAGCCCUGGGCCUCUAUCAGAGCGACGGGGAGCCCUGCCUUCUGGAGAACUCCGAGCGGAUAAUCAGCAAGGUCCAAGCCUUGGCCAGGAUGUACAGCGACAAGAUCAGCCGGCUGAAAUCCCAGAAGUGGACCUUGGAGAGGCCCGGUGUGCGGCCCCGGGGCCCCCACCAGAAGGCUCUGGGCAGGGGCCAGGAAGCCUUGCAGGAGAGCCGGCCAGGAGGAAGCCUCCCCCAGUGUGAGCCCCAAAUCUACGGCCACGUGCUGAUCCAUGAAUCCCUCCCACGUGUGGUCGGCAUCCAGGAGAACACGCCUCUGGUGGCCGCCACGCGUGAAAUGGCCGUGGUGCUGCAUAGCGACAGACCCUGCCGGCUUCUUUCCCCUCAGAUCCUUUUCUCACUGCAGCACGACUUGCACGAACCGCUGCCCCCUCCUUCGGGGGUCCCCGUGGGAGGAGAAAAGGUCCUCGCGGCCCCCGCAGUGGCAGGAGGAGGAGGAGGAGCAGGGAGCCCCGGGGGUCUCUCGUGGACAGAAGGGCCUUCUUCCACCCUGGGCCCCAGCCCACAGAAGGGCCCUCCCGCACCUUCCAAAGCAUCACCCUGGACGGAGCACGGAGGGAAGAGCAACCGCGGAAACCCACGUCCCUGUGAGCCAGGCUGGAAUAUGGAGGGGGGCAGUCGGCCUUCGGAGGCCAGGCUGCCCCCUAAGAUUUCUGUUGGGGCAGAGCAAGCCAGCCCUGCCCCCCAACCGCAGCAACGUCUCAGUGACCACAAUUCUGACAAUGUUUCCGUCUCUCGGGAGCCCCCCAAGGAGCCCAAGGUCAGGACACUCAACUGCCCCAUUUUCUGCCUGCCAGAGGGGCCCUUGGCGCCAGCCUUGGGAAAGGGCCACUCCCCACCAAGCCAUUCACCCCUUUUUUCGGAGCGUAAGGGACCAGAUCGAGAGGCAACAGGGCUCAGCCAGGAAGCCUCUGGGGGGCUCCACCAGCACCCCCGCAAUCCUCCUGCUGCUUCUGAACCCACCACGGCCACCCAGCCCCUGCCGCUUGACUCCUCCGCUGAGGAACCCCUUCCCGCUGCCCCUGCUGAACUCCCGGCUGGGGUGGAGUCCCCCGUGUGCAUCGCAGGGCAAUGCCCCAGGGUGCCGCUCCCCAAAUUCCUCCCCUCGUCCCCCGUCCGCCGAUGCCUCUCGUCCAGCGCGGCUGCCAUCUCCAGGUACAUCGCCGCCUCCUGCAUCUCUCAAAGUCUGGCCAAGAGGAAUGGCGCCCCCCCCCCUGAGGACCCCCCGGGACCCUGGCUGCCAGCCGACCCCCUGGCUUCGCUCCCCAAGGCGGCACCCAGGCGUCAUCGGAACCCAGGAAAGCCAGAGACGGCGGCCGUCUCCUCCUCCUCUCAGUGCAUUGGCCCUGGACCCUUUCCCUCCCCAUGCAGCCCCCUUGUCGGGACCCCGGCUCUUGAACGAUGCCCCUUCUCCUCUGCCUCGGCCCCCAACUCUCGUGUGCAGUCCCCCGUGAGGCCCAGGAUGUGUUCGCCCCCUCCAGGAGGAGCCCACCCCUGCACUUUCAGGCCUCUGGGGGUCCAUCCGCAGAAGCAUCCCCCUGCCCCCAUGGCCCACCCAGAGCCCUGGACGCCAGGCCUCUCCUGUCCCACGGCCUGCUUGAAAGCCCAAAGGACCUUCCUGCCAUCCGAAGAGCCAGCCCCCAAUGGGGGGCACCAGGAAUCCUUGGGCUCCGAGGCCUCAUCCGGAAGUGGGCCCCACUCCCACGAACUGGGCAGCAUCAGGUGGCCGAACGUCCCGAACCUGUGUUUGAAAUACGUCAACCAAGAGGGGUGGACAGGCGGCUCCCCAAGACUGCAGCUUGAGAUGGGGGAGCACUGCCCCAAACGGGGAGCCCCCUUGAGCCUGGACACGGCUCGGUUCCCCGAGAAGGGUCCUCAGAAGCCCAGUUACUCCACCACCGUCAACAUCCAGAUUGGGUGCAGCGGUCGGAUCUCCUCAUUUAGUAACGCUCAGGUCAGCUUGACGCAUCCUCUCUCGGCCACGCUGGAGCAGCGGAGGGUCAACGGCGGUGGGGCCGAGACGUCCCCUAAACCAGGCACCUGAAGCCAGGAGGCUGGACAUGCCAGCAGAGCCCAACGUCCUGACAGUGCUGGCUGGAACCGGCCCAGACCACGCGGCCCAAGAAGAGGGCGAAGGUGCAGGUGGUGGGUGACCGCCAGCUGAGAGAUUGUCUUCAGGGCACUGAGAAGACAGUGGAGACGCACCAGACUUGCCUCCUUUCUUCUCGCCAGAUCGAGCCUCUGUUGGUCUCAGCGCCUUGAGAGGGAAACCCAGAAGGCCAGGAAGGGACCAAACGGGGUUCACUGGUGGUCGCAGGAAGGCUGGGUGAGGGUUAAGCAAAUCAAACCCUCUUGAGAAAGGGGACGGUUGCCAGUUGCGAUUGUGUUGCUUCCCUUUUUACUGGUUCUGAGUCCUUUGGAAAAGAGACAACUGUCACACGAAGGCCUCUUGGUGCAUUUGUGGGUGAAUGAUGGGGAAGUGAGGAGGGCCCUCUGGGGACACGGCUUUUGAGGUCCUCCACCCAACCUGGAGCACUUGGCAGAAGUGGGGGAGGGGGAGAUAACCAUAGCCCCUGGCAUCUCAUCUUCCACAUUUCCAGAUUCAGAAAGAGGCUGGUUUAGAAGUACAGGUAAUCCUCAACUUAUGACCACAAUGGAGCCCCAAAUUUCCUUUGCUAAAUGAGACAGUUGUUAAGUGAGCUUUGUCCCAUUUUGCGACCUUGCUUGCCACAAUUGUUAAGUGAAUCGGGUUUCCCCAUUGCCUUUGUGGUCGUGCAAGAAUGAUAGGAGUUACUUCUGAGCAACUCUUUCAUUUGUUGCUUGCCUAUUGACAGACUCUUGCCGGACUAAAGCUGCAAUCACUAUUAUACGGUAUAUGAGGUCCUUGACUUAACAACAGUUUAUUUAGUGACUGUUGGAAGCUGUAACGGCACUGAAAAAAGGAACUGAUGACCGUUUUUCACACUUUUGACUGUUGCAGCCUCCGCGUGGUCACGUGAUUAAAAUUCAAACACUUGAUAACUGACUCAUAUUUAUGACCGUUUCAAUGUCAUGGGGGUCACAUGAUCCUCUUUUGCGACUUUCUAAUGAGCAAAAUCAAUGGGGAAGCCUGAUUCACUUAACGACCAUGUGUCUAACUUAAUAACGGCAGCAAUUCACCUAGCAACGGUGGCAAGAUAGGCUGUACAGCAGGGUAAAACUGGACUUUUGUGUCUCAUUUAGCAACCCAAAUUUUGGGCUCAGUCGUGGUCGUAAGCUGAGGACUACCUGUAGCCCUCAGCCGUGUAGCCAGAUUUGGUUUGGAGAAGGGGAUUUUGCUCGGGAGCUCCCAGGCCUCAACUGAUCACUUCCUGGACUGCAUCAAUAAAGGCAGGAUCAAAACAAAUAAGAAUUAACGUGAU